CCCGCACUCAGCCCUAACCAAAAGCCAUCGCCCUCCUCCUCCUCCUCCUCCCCUCUCUCCCCCCUUCGCUGGCGGCGGUGAGCCGACGCCGAGGCGACCACCGACGAGCCGGCGCAUUCUGCCUUGCAGCCCUUACUCCGAAGCCUCGCGCCCCGCCUCCGUCCGGGUGCCCUCUCCUUCCCUUCCGCUGGGAGCGCGCGUCGCGGCUCCUCUCGUCCCCACCCCCCCCCCCCCCGUGCCGUCGGUUGGCUAAGUUAAUGUGGGCUUCUUGAUAAAGAUGGCUGAUAAUGCAAAGGUACAUCCUGUGGGAUCUGGAGCCUAUACAAUCAAUCUAGAGAACUUCAGUAAGCGGCUGAAGGUAUUCUAUGACCAUUGGAAAGAACACAAGUCUAAUCUUUGGGGUUCUUCUGAUGCUAUUGCCAUUGCUACCCCACCUCCUUCUGAGGAUCUUCGUUAUUUGAAAUCCUCAGCUCUGGAUAUCUGGUUGCUUGGAUAUGAAUUUCCAGAAACUAUUAUUGUCUUUAUGCACAAGCAGAUACAUUUCUUAUGCAGCCAGAAAAAAGCAAAUCUCAUUGGGACCCUCAAGAAGGCUGCAAAUGAGGCUGUUGGUGCUGACAUUGUCUUGCAUGUGAAAGCUAAGAAUGGGGAUGGUGCCGAUUUGAUGGAUGACAUAUUGCAUGCAGUUCGUAAUCAGUCAAAAUCAGGCAAUGCGAUUGUUGGGCACAUUGCAAAAGAGGCACCUGAGGGUAAUUUUCUUGAAACAUGGGCGGACAAGUUAUCUGGGUCGUCUGUACAACUUACAGAUGUAACAAAUGGCUUCUCUGAGCUUUUUGCUGUGAAGGAUUCCACAGAGAUCACUUGUGUGAAAAAGGCUGCUUACUUAACUUCAUCUGUACUAAAAAAUUUUGUGGUUCCAAAGUUGGAGAAGGUUAUUGAUGAGGAGAAAAAAAUCUCGCACUCUUCAUUGAUGGAUGAUACAGAGAAGGCUAUUCUUGAUCCUCUCAAGGUCAAGGUAAAGUUGAAGGCUGAAAACGUUGAUAUAUGCUAUCCUCCUGUCUUUCAAAGUGGGGGGAAGUUUGAUCUCAAGCCUGGUGCCUCUAGCAACGAUGACUAUCUCUAUUAUGAUUCGGCAAGUGUUAUCAUCUGUGCAAUUGGGUCCAAAUACGGUAGCUAUUGUUCAAAUGUUGCCCGAACAUAUUUGAUAGAUGCUACCCCUACACAGAGUAAGGCAUACGAGACCCUUUUGAAAGCUCAUGAAGCUGCUGUAGAAGCAUUGAAACCAGGCAAUCAGAUGAGUGUGGUUUAUCAUGCUGCAGUGGCAGUGAUUGAGAGGGAUGCCCCUGAACUACUUCCUCAUCUAACAAAGUCAGCUGGAACUGGAAUAGGUCUUGAAUUCCGAGAAUCUGGCUUAAAUCUGAAUCCCAAGAAUGAUCGUCAGAUAAAACAGGGCAUGAUUUUCAAUGUCUCCCUUGGUUUGCAUAAUGUCCAGGCAGAAACCACCAAUGAGAAGACAAAGCAGUUUUCGUUGUUAUUAGCUGAUACGGUUUUAGUUAGUGAAAAAGGACAUGAGAUUUUAACAGCACCUUGCUCUAAGGCUGUUAAGGAUGUUGCAUAUUCGUUCAAUGAAGAUGAGGAAGAUGUUCCUGUGGUAAAGGUGGAGGCGAAAACCGUAGAGGUGGUGCCAACGAAGGCAACACUCAGGUCAGACAACCAGGAGAUGUCCAAGGAAGAGCUCCGGAGACAGCACCAGGCUGAGCUUGCUCGUCAAAAGAAUGAAGAGACUGCUAGAAGGCUUGCUGGGGGUGGUUCUGGUUCUGGUGAUGGACGUGGUCACUCAAGGGAUUCAAAUGAGCUUGUUGCAUACAAGAAUGUUAAUGAUGUACCAUAUGCAAGAGAAUUGGUGAUCCAAGUAGAUCAGAAGAAUGAAGCUGUCCUCCUACCUAUUUAUGGCAGCAUGGUUCCUUUCCAUGUUUCUACCAUUAAGAGUGUGACAAGCCACCAGGACAACCGCACCUGCACUAUCCGCAUUUUCUUCAACGUGCCUGGCAUGCCAUUCUCAAAUGAUAACAAGCUGAAUUCUCAAGGUGCUAUCUACUUGAAAGAAAUUACAUUCCGCUCGAAAGAUCCACGGCAUAGCAGUGAAGUUGUUCAGCAUAUCAAAACAUUGAGGAGGCAAGUUGCUUCAAGGGAGUCAGAGAGAGCUGAAAGGGCAACCCUUGUUACUCAGGAGAAACUACAGGUGUCAAACAACAAAACAAAGAUGAUGAGACUUUCUGAUGUGUGGAUACGGCCUGCAUUUGGUGGUCGUGGGAGAAAGCUUACAGGAAGCCUUGAAGCACAUUUCAAUGGUUUAAGGUACUCUACUUCAAGGGCUGAUGAGCGUGUGGACAUUAUGUAUGGUAAUAUAAAGCAUGCGUUUUUCCAGCCUGCAGAAAAAGAAAUGAUUACCCUCCUCCAUUUCCAUUUGCACAAUCAUAUCAUGGUUGGAAACAAGAAGACAAAGGAUGUCCAGUUUUAUGUUGAAGUGAUGGAUGUUGUCCAGACUGUUGGUGGCAGUAGGAGGUCAGCGCUUGAUCCUGAUGAGAUUGAAGAGGAGCAGCGUGAGAGGGAUCGAAAGAACAGAAUAAACAUGGAUUUCCAGAACUUUGUGAACAAGGUUAAUGACCACUGGUCGCAGCCACAGUUCAAAGGGAUGGAUCUGGAGUUUGAUGUCCCCCUUAGAGAGCUUGGGUUUCAUGGGGUUCCGUAUAAAGCUUCAGCUUUCAUCAUUCCAACUUCUACUUGUUUGGUUGAGCUGAUUGAGACUCCCUUCCUGGUGGUGAGCUUGAGUGAGAUAGAGAUUGUUAAUCUGGAGAGGGUGGGCUUUGGAACGAAGAAUUUUGACAUGGCUAUCGUGUUCAAGGACUUCAAGAAGGAUGUUCUCCGCAUUGAUUCCAUUCCUUCGACAUCGCUUGAUGCAAUAAAGGAGUGGCUGGACACAACUGACCUCAAGUACUACGAGAGCAGGCUGAACCUGAACUGGCGUCCUAUUCUGAAAACCAUCAUCGAUGAUCCUCAAAAGUUCAUUGACGAUGGUGGCUGGGAGUUCUUGAACAUGGAGGCAAGUGACUCUGAGACUGAGGAAACGGAGGAAUCAGAUCAGGGUUACGAGCCUUCUGAUGCUGAACCUGAGUCUGAAUCAGAAGAUGAGGACUCCGACAGGGAGUCCUUGGUAGAAUCAGAUGAGGAUAACCAGGAGUCUGAUGAAGACUCGGAGGAGGAGAAGGGCAAGACCUGGGAGGAGCUGGAACGCGAGGCAAGCAACGCUGACCGGGAGAAUGGCGCCGAGUCCGACAGCGAAGAAGAGAGGAGACGCCGCAAGGUGAAGACCUUCAGCAAGUCUCGCGCACCGGAGCGCAGCAGCUUCAAGGGAGCACCGCCCUCCAAGAAGCCAAAGUUCAGGUGAACUGCACCGCAGUUGCUGGGGUGGUGGUUCCUUCGUGAACAGAACCUCCCUUCCGGGAGGCAGGGUAUGGCUGUAGUAGCAAGCAGGGAGUGUUGUUUGUUACCCCUCUAGAUUCUCUUGGUACUCUCUCUCUCUCUCUCUCUCUCUCUCUCUUUCUCUCUGCAUUAGCUUACUCCAUUUAGGUGAAAAGUGACAGGUGAACUUUGGUUGGUGAACUCCGUAGUGGAUGAAAUGAAUCUUGAACUUACGUCAUUGGGGAAAUCUAAGUCGACUCAUUGUUGAACCUCCGUAGUGGUAGAACCUCCAGAUUGUAUAAUAUUUAUGCUGGCAGUUGUUGGUACUGACUGAACCGUACAUGAGAUGCUGGUGCGCCAGUAGUUCCAUU